CCUCUUCAGAAAUCUCAAGUUUGUCUUCUGGUUGUCAACGUUCUUCAUAGCUCUUGAUAGUGAGUAUUAGAGACAAACCAAGGGUUAAAAUACAACUUCAUGCAGAGCAGAGAGACCACUACGGAGUCGGAUAUUUGAAGACAAGAAAUGGCCGGUGGAGGGGAUCUAAUGGACGGCGACCUGGAAGAUGGAGAGAUUUCCGGAUCUGGCUCGGAUACGGAGAUGGGAACAGCCCAGGUUCCUGCAGCUUUUAGCGGGCAGUCCUUCCACAACAGAGCCGCUGUCCAGCCUUCUGCUGCCUCGUACAGAAGUGGAAAUAAGCCGGUGUCCAGCGACAGUGACCAGGAUUCUUCGGACGAGGAUUCGACCGUUUGGCGCCACAAACGCCUGAAAGCAUCCAACGACGCCCAGCCGCCGCCUUCCAGCACCGCCACGAGGCCAGAACCGACCCGAAUGGACGUACCAAACGCUCCAGGAGGCCGAAAAGUGAACAACAUCUGGGGCUCUGUGGUGCAGGAGCAGUGCCAGGAUGCCGUGGCUGCAGAGCUGGGCAUAUUUGGUAUGGAAGGUGAAUUCAGCAUGUCCAGCAGGAAUGUGGAGACGUAUAACUUUGUCCUGGCUCGUAAGAUAAUGGACAAGGAGAGGGAGCUGGAGAAACUGGCAAAUAAAGACGGAGAGGUGAACAUGCUGGACACGGACCUGGAGGAUUGCAUGAAGGAGCGAGGAUCAGAGGAGAAAUCGGGAGGAGAUACUAAGAGGAAGAGAUCGGUGAAAGAGAGAAUCGGCCCCCGAGCUGAAAUGGACACCAAGGGUCGAUAUGUAGUCACAGAAGACGACCUUGAAGAUAGGGUGACGGAUGAGAUAGCGUACAGGCUGCGGGAGCCUAAAAAAGACCUAAUAGAGCGCAUCGUUAAAGUCAUCGGGAAUAAAAAGGCCAUCGAACUGCUGGGAGAGACCGCCACGCUGGAGGAAAAUGGCGGCGUGUUCACGAUGGACGGCAGCAGGCGAAGGACGCCCGGCGGGGUUUAUCUCUACCUCCUGAAGAACACACCGAGCAUCAGCAAGGGCCAGAUCAAGAAGAUAUUCUUUGAGGAACAACACAACGACUGCAAGAGCAAGAAGGCGGCGCAGAAGAGGAGGCGGAACAUGGUGGCGAAGAAGAUGAAGCAGGCCAUCGGCACGCUGAACCUACAGGAGCACGACGAUGUCUCCAGGGAAACGUUCGCCAGCGAUACUAACGAGGCUUUGGAGUCACUGGAGGACGCUGGAGAAGAAGAGGAAGGUCAGGAGGAAAGUGCUUCGGGCAUCGAGGAGACGGCGGUGGUCUACAACGCUGCAGAUCUGGAGGUCUUCUGAGUGAUGUAUGAACUCUGGGAGGUUUUGAGCAAGGACAUUUAGGAUUACAACACAAUACUAAAAGUGCUGUCUGCUGAUUCUUAACACCUGAGUGAUCUUUGAUUUGCUUCUACAUUCAAACGAGAGCUUAUGUUAACGUCAUAGAUUUCACUUAAACACAGAAUGACCUGCCGUAUGAACUCGGGGAGGUUUUCAACAAGAACUUUUAGGAUUAACAUUACAACACAAUACUAAAAGUGCUGUAUAAGUGCUCUCUGCUGAUUCUUAACACCUUAGUGAUCUUUGUUUUGCUUCUACAUUCAAACGAGAGCUUAUGUUAACAUCAUAGAUUUCACAUAAACACAGAAGGACACAAGACACAAGACAGGGUCUAAAAGAGACACACACACACACACACACACACACACACACACACACACACACACACAGGCAGUCUGAACUCUGGGAGUUUUCAACAAAAACAUGUAGGAAUUAAAAUGAAAAGCACUGAGUACAGAAUCCAAACUGAUCCUUUGUGUUGCUUUUACCUUCAAAGGAGAGCUAAUGUUAACGUCAUGGAUUGAUCGUUUUCAGCACUUAAACACAGAAUGACUUUCCGCAAUUUAGUGUGAUUUGUGAUAUAAAUGUCAUUGUUCAUUUUUCAAAACGUCCCUUUUUUUGUUGUUGGAGAAACAGUAAAGCUCUUCUGUUUAUUUUCUAUCAUAUUAAUUGUCUUUGUUUAUACAUUUAAUUCGGAUAUACAUUUACUAAAUUAAUUUGUGUGGAAUAUGAAUAAAGGUGACUCUUGCAAUUGCA